GAAUCUGUAUCUGUCAAUGCCAAAGAGUACUUUGAGUCCCACAGCUAAAACACACACUCAAGACACAUAGAAACACAAGAACCUGUUAGCAUGGCCACGCAUGUGUGUCUCCAGUCAGUCCUCUCUCUUCGGCGCACUCGCCUGUGGAGUGCAUUGUCCAGUUUUAAGACUCAACCUCAGAUCCAAGUGCUGCAGCGCAGACAGAUCAGUAGACAGUCUCAACUCUUCACAGGCUCUCAAAACAACAGGUCACCCAACUCCAAGGUCUUAGUGCAUUUUGUCAAUCAGGACGGAGUCAAGAACAGUGUGACAGUUUCUGAAGGGGAGACCUUGCUGGACGUGGUCAUCAACAAAAACUUAGACAUUAGUGGAUUCGGAGCAUGUGAAGGUACCCUUGCCUGCUCGACGUGCCACUUGGUCUUUGAGGAAAACAUUUACGAUCGUCUGGACUCAAUGGUGGAUGAAGAGGUCGAUAUGCUGGAUCUUGCUUAUGGUGUCAGCAAAACAUCACGACUGGGUUGCCAGGUUACAGUGGAAAGCUGGAUGGAUGGCAUGACGGUACGCGUACCACAGGAGGUGAAAGACCAAAGGGGACAAUGAAAGACCAACGAAUGAAAAUGACAAACUCAUGUACAUACUGUGAUAACACACACACACACACACACACACACACACACACACACACACACACACACUCACACUCACAUUGAUUUUGAACUAAUUGUUGAUUAAUGUAUGGGAUGUGUGCAUGGGAUAGAAUGCUGAUUGCAAUCAAAGUAAUUGUGCACUGGUUCUACCUUGAGUCUUUUAUGUCAGCAUUACAUUAAUGAUAUCUGUACCCCAGAGUGUCAAACACCCUUGUUUCUAAGAAAUAGCUUAUACAUAACAAUAUUCUUGUUAUGAAGCUGUGUCUAAAAAUAAAUAUGCACACUCACACCCUUUCAGAAGUAGGAGAGAGUGGGGUAAGAUGAGGCAUUUUUACUGAAGUGAACCUACAGCUAAGGGAAUAUCAGAAACUGAGUCAGAAACUGAAAUAAAACAUGUGUACUACA